AUGCUGCUCUUGGCCGUUUUCCUCACCUUUCUGGCGCUGUGGUGGACCGCGCAGCCAUGCAACACCGCGCAGGUCCCUCUUAUCAAUCACAGCAGCCAGCCAUCGCCUCUCAACGACUUCGAAAAGGUCGUCAAUUCGACGCUGGACCAUUUCCGGACGCCGGGGCUGGCGAUAGCAGUGGUCCGGGGGAAUGAGACAUUUGUCAAGGGCUAUGGGGUCGCUGACUUGUCCACUCUCCAACCUGUCACCGAACACACGCACUUCGUCGUCGGCAGCACCACCAAAGCCUUCACCGCGGCAGCCAUCUCGCUCCUCGUCGACGACAAUGACAACUUCCCUCAGAUCCAGUGGGAUACACCGGUCCACAGCAUCAUCCCCGACGACUUCGUGCUGUCCGACGACUGGUCGACCGCCCAUGUCACGAUCGAGGAUGCCCUCUCGCAUCGCUCCGGCCUGCCGCGUCACGACUACGCCUGGCAUUUCUCCAACGUCUCGAUCGUCCAGGCUGUUCGAAAAAUGCGCCAUCUGCCUCUGACGGCGCCCAUCCGCACCAGGUGGCAGUACUGCAACCUAAUGUUCGUGGCCAUGGCGCAUCUGCUCGAGACAGUGACGGGCCAGUAUCUCGGCGACUUCCUCCGCGAGCGCAUCUGGAGGCCCCUGGGGAUGGAGGAGACCUUCAUGUCGAUCCCGGAGGCCCAAGCGGCUGGAGUGGAACUGGCUCGGGGUUACGAGGUCAACCGCACGGGGGGAUACGAGGAAACGGGCUAUCAGAUCUGGCCCCAGGCCCGGGGCGCAGGCAAUAUCGUAUCGUCCGCCGUGGACUAUGCCAAGUGGAUUCGCGCGAUGAUCAACCGUGCUCCUCCCAUCUCUGCUGCCGGCCACGCAGCGCUCGUGCGCGCGCAUUCCAUCAUGACGCCGGAUAUCCAGACCCCGGACUCCGCCCCGGUGACCUACGGCCUGGGAUGGUUCAUCCACUCGUAUCGCGGCGAGGUGUUAGUCGAGCACAGCGGGGCGCAGCCGGGAUUUGGCACGGGGGUGUUCUACCUGCCCGGACGACAGUUCGGGGUCGCCCUGUUCGGAAACAACAUGAUGGGAGGGGGAGCUGCGACGCAGGUGCUGGCCUACCAUCUGAUCGACGAGUUCCUGGGCACGCCGCCGGAAGAGCGCUUCGACUGGGUGUCCUGGGGCGAUCGCUUCGUGCCAAACACGACUGUCACGCCGGACAAGCUGCGCAGUCUGUAUCCCUCUGUGCCUGAUCCUCCACUUCCUCCUCCGGCAGAGCUCUCCGCCUACCCGGGCGUCUACGUGCAUCCCGCGUAUCCGACGCUGAACAUCACCGCCGACUGCCCGCCAUCAGCGUCCUUCCUACCGCCGUUUCCGCAUCGUCAGGGCCCGUCUGACACGGCCAAGAUCUGCAUCGCGUCCCUCUUCAACUACAAGGAUCGCCCCGUCGAGUUGGUCCACGUGUCGGGCGAUUUUUGGGUGCUGGGGACCGAGUUGUGGGGGGAGACGCUGGUCGGACGGGCCGAGUUUCGUCUGGGUCCGGAUGCGAGUGUGCGUCAACUGGGGGUGGAGUUUGAGCCGGCGAUGAAGGAGAAGAUUUGGUAUAAGAGAGACGUCAGUCUGUCGAGAUGA